GAAAGAGAGGGGGGAUUUAUCCAAAGUUGUUUGCAAUUUCCUCAAAAUCUCAAACUAGGUGGCUAUGGUAUGGAUGUGACCAAGAAAAACAAGCGAGAUGGCACAGAAGUCACUGAAAGAAUUAUCACUGAAACUGUAACUACGAGACUUACAUCCUUACCACCAAAAGGGGGCACGAGCAAUGGCUAUGCUAAAACAGGCUCUCUUGGUGGAGGGAGCCGGCUGGAGAAGCAGAGCCUGACACAUGGCAGCAGUGGCUACAUAAACUCAAGUGGAAGCACAAGAGGUAAUUCUACCUCCAGCUACCGGAGGGCUCAUUCACCAGCCUCGACUCUGCCCAACUCACCAGGCUCAACUUUUGAAAGGAAAACUCACGUCACCCGCCAUGCAACGUACGAAGGGAGCUCCAGUGGAAACUCUUCUCCGGAGUAUCCUCGGAAAGAAUUUGGAUCUUCUUCAACCAGAGGACGGAGCCAAACACGAGAGAGUGAAAUCCGAGUUCGGCUGCAGAGUGCAUCUCCAUCUACCCGAUGGACAGAGUUGGAUGAUGUUAAGCGUUUGCUCAAGGGGAGCCGAUCAGCCAGCGCCAGCCCCACCCGGAAUUCCUCCAACACACUCCCCAUUCCCAAGAAGGCCACCGUGGAGACCAAAAUGGUGACAGCAAGCUCCCAGUCAGUUUCAGGCACCUACGACACCACAAUCCUGGACGCCAACCUCCCCUCCCACGUGUGGUCCUCCACCUUGCCCGCGGGGUCGUCCAUGGGGACCUAUCACAACAACAUGACAGCCCAGAGCUCAUCCCUGCUCAACACCAAUGCCUAUUCGGCAGGAUCAGUCUUUGGCGUCCCGAAUAACGUGGCCUCCUGCUCUCCCACCCUGCUUCCCGGCCUCAGCACCUGCUCCUCAGUGUUUGGCAUGCAGAACAACCUGGCCCCCAGUUCACCUGCCUUGUCCCACAGCAUGGCUACUACUUCCACAGCGUAUAGUGGGAAGAAAAACACAGCCCAGAGCCCUGCUGUUGUGAGCACUGGCAUGUCCACCUCUGCCGCUUGCACCAAAAGUGUCCAGAAUGAUGACCUUUUGCACAAGGACUGUAAGUUCCUGAUCCUGGAGAAAGACAGUGUGCCUGCCAAGAAGGAGAUGGAGCUGCUGAUCAUGAACAAGGACAGCGGGAAGGUCUUCACCGCCUCCCCGGCCAGCAUCGCUGCAACUUCUUUUUCAGAGGACACCCUAAAAAAAGAAAAGCAGGCUGCCUACAGUGCUGACACCUACACUGCUGACAAAUCUGAAGCUAAUGGAGGCCUGAAGACUGUGUCCACCAAGGGCAAGGCCAACUCCACAGAAAUCCAUGGCUACAACCACGGGGGCAGCGGGGGACCAUGGGGGGCCGGGCCUGCCUGGUGUCCCUGCGGCAACUGCUGCAGCUGGUGGAAAUGGCUGCUGGGCCUGCUUCUCACCUGGCUGCUGCUCCUGGGGCUGCUCUUCGGCCUCAUUGCUCUGGCGGAGGAGGUGAGGAAGCUGAAGGCGCGCGUGGAUGAACUGGAGAGAUUCAAGACUAGCAUGAUCAGUUUCGAGGAGAAGCUGGAGCGGAGCAGCAAGGACCGACUGCUGGGCAUCGCGCCCGGGGCAGGAGCAGGCCUGGGCACGGACGGGCUGUAUGGCUACAAUCAGGAGGCGCUUUGGAUAUUUGUGAGGGACAAGCUGAUGAUGGAACAAAAAAGCGGAAAUCUACUGGGAAGCCCCGGCCCUAAAGGUGACAUGGGAGGUCCUGGCCCUAAAGGAGAUCGGGGGCUACCUGGGACUCCAGGUAUCCCUGGUCUCUUAGGCCAUCCGGGUCCAGAAGGACCAAAGGGGCAAAAAGGCAGCAUGGGAGAGCCUGGCAUGGAGGGACCCAUGGGCCAGAGAGGGCGAGAAGGUCCCCCAGGACCUCGUGGGGAGCCAGGGCCUCCUGGCUCUGGAGAGAAAGGAGACAGAGGGGAUGCUGGUGAACCAGGUCUGCAGGGCCCACCUGGUGUCCCAGGUUCUGUGGGUCCCAAAGGCUCCAGCGGUUCUCCUGGACCUCAGGGUCCUCCAGGUACUGCAGGUCUCCAAGGGCCCCGAGGUGAAGUGGGUCUCCCUGGUGUCAGAGGUGACAAAGGGCCCAUGGGACCACCAGGACCCAAAGGUGACCAGGGUGAGAAAGGACCGCGAGGCCUCACAGGCGAGCCGGGCUCGAGAGGUUUGCCUGGUGCUGUGGGUGAGCCCGGGGCUAAAGGAGCAAUGGGUCCUGCUGGCCCCGACGGACAACAAGGCCCGAGAGGUGAACAAGGUCUUACAGGGAUGCCUGGAAUCCGUGGCUCACCAGGACCUUCCGGAGACCCAGGAAAGCCAGGUCUCACAGGACCCCAAGGACCUCAGGGACUUCCAGGCACCCCUGGCCGACCAGGGACUAAAGGUGAACCGGGCGCUCCAGGCAGGAUCGUGACGGCAGAGGGAUCGUCGACUGUCACUGUCCCAGGACCCCCGGGACCUCCUGGAGCUAUGGGACCCCCAGGACCACCAGGUGCCCCAGGCCCUGCUGGCCCAGCUGGUCUCCCAGGACAGCAAGGCCCGCGAGGGGAGCGAGGACUUGCUGGCGAGUCAUUCAUGAGCAGCAGCAGCUCCAUCUCCGAGGUCCUCUCCUCUCAAGGUCUUGAUUUACGAGGCCCUCCAGGCCCACCUGGGCCACCUGGGCCACCAGGGCCUUCCAUUCCAGGCCCUCCAGGACCCCGAGGCCCAGCAGGGGAAGGCUUGCCAGGCCCGCCAGGCCCACCUGGGUCUUUCCUUACCAGCUCAGAAACCUUCUUCUCUGGGCCCCCAGGCCCACCUGGCCCUCCAGGCCCCAAAGGAGACCAAGGCCCCCCAGGCCCCCGAGGACACCAAGGCGAGCAAGGCCUCCCAGGGUUCUCGACCUCAGGUUCCAGUUCCCUCGGACUCAGCCUGCAGGGACCACCAGGCCCACCUGGCCCGCAGGGACCCAAAGGUGAUCCUGGUGUGCCGGGGACUCCUGGAAUUCCUGGUGGAACCUCUCUAGGCGGCUCAUCGAGUACCAUGUACAUGCCAGGCCCUCCAGGCCCACCAGGGCCCCCUGGGCCUCCAGGCUCUGUCAGCAACUCGGGCCGGGAGAUUCAGCAGUACAUCUCUGAGUACAUGCAGAGUGACAGUAUCAGGACUUAUCUCUCUGGAAUUCAGGGUCCCCCAGGACCCCCUGGUCCCCCGGGGCCUGUCACCACCAUCGCAGGUGACACUUUCGACUACUCCGAGCUGUCAAGACACGUUGUAAGCUACUUACAGGCUUCAGGGUACAGCAUUGGCUCAUCCUCUACCUCCAUCUCUUCUGAGGACAUCCUGGCUGUGCUGGAGCGGGAUGAUGUGCGGCGUUACCUGCGUCAGUACCUGGUGGGCCCUCGGGGUCCCCCGGGGCCACCAGGAGUUGGUGGAGAUGUGUCCCUCCAGUCUUUGGACUAUGCAGAGCUGAGCAGUCACAUUCUCAGCUACAUGUCUAGUUCUGGGAUCAGCAUUGGGCCUCCUGGCCCCCCGGGUCCCCCUGGUUUGCCAGGAACGUCCUAUGAGGAGAUACUCACCUUGCUCCAAGACUCUGAAUUUAGAGGUAUUGUUGGACCUCCAGGCCCUCCUGGGCCACCAGGGAUCCCAGGCAAUGCGUGGUCGAGCAUCACGGUGGAGGACCUCUCCUCUUACUUGAAUACUGCUGGCCUCUCGACCAUCCCAGGCCCUCCAGGCCCUCCAGGUCCCCCAGGCCCUCGAGGGCCUCCUGGUGUCUCAGGAGCUCUAGCCACCUAUGCAGCUGAAAACAGUGACAGCUUCCGGAGUGAAUUAAUCAGCUACCUCACAAGUCCUGACGUUCGCAGCUUCAUCGUUGGCCCACCGGGCCCUCCCGGGCCCCAGGGACCACCCGGAGACAGCCACCUCACAUCAGAGGAAGGUUCUUACAGCCGGAGCAGCAGCUCCUCCUCGCACAGCUCGUCGGUCAGACGGGGCACCUCCUACAGCUCUUCAAUGGGCAUAGGAGGGGCCAGAGGUGGCUCCAUGGGCGAAGGAGGAGCCUUUGGAGCUGCUGCAGGAGACGGGGGCCCCUAUGGCACUGACCUCGGCCUGGGCGGAGGCUAUGGGGCAGCGGCAGGAGAAGGUGGCCUGUAUGGCGGUGAAGGUGGCUCAUUCAGCGCUGGCUUUGCUGGAGGCCUGGAUUACAACGAGCUGGCUGUUCGGGUGUCGGAGAGCUUACAGCGUCAGGGUCUGCUGCAAGGGAUGGCCUACACUGUCCAGGGCCCACCAGGCCGGCCUGGUCCCCAGGGGCCCCCCGGCAUCAGCAAGGUCUUCUCUGCCUACAGCAACGUGACCGCAGACCUCAUGGACUUCUUCCGAACUUAUGGAACCAUUCCAGGGCACCCUGGGCAGAAGGGAGAAGUGGGCACCCGAGGACCCAAAGGUGAGAGGGGACCUGCAGGACUGCCAGGUCAGCCUGGGCCACCGGGCCCUCGGGGACACAAGGGAGAAAAAGGUGACAAAGGUGAUCAAGUCUAUGCUGGGCGGAGAAGAAGAAGUAGUAUUGCUGUCAAGCCAUGAGCUACCCUUGGCAGAACAGCCUCCUGGCCCAGUUCACGCAAUGACUUCUGGCGUUUAUGUCAGAUGCUCUCCAGAGGGUGAGAGCUGGAAUCUCUCAGCUUCUUACUGAGACAACAUAGCCAAACGGUCAGCUAGCCACGCUUGUUUUAGUCUGGAACAAAUAGUUAGAAUUCAAAGUUACACAUUUGAUACAGCUUCACUGGAUACUCUUUUAAGAGUAGCUGCAAUGUUCUAGAAUGAAACUUCCUUCUCUGCUAUCUGAGCUCCUUGGCUUCUUUCAACACUCACUUCAAACCCCAACCUAGGAAAGUCAGUUGCAUGAAGUUGGCUCAGGAGUCCUUGAGCUUUGCCUACAAAUUGGCCCAGAAAAUGGAAGUGGAGGAUGGGGGGGCGGGGGUGCCUUCCUGGAGGUGAUACUUGAUGGGGCUGUGUUCUGGUUCAUGCUGCAAGGCUGUGCUAUUAGCUCCUUCCUCCCCUGUUCACUCUGUAUUUUCUAUAGUCCCUGAAAAGAGCUGGCUAAGCAGCAACUUCUACAACCGGAAAAGUUAAGAAAUUUACUUCCUCUGUAACAGGGUUUCUAAUAAUUGUUUCUCAUUACAUAUAUUCCCACUUGCUUAAAAAGUUUGAUAGCCAUGCUCUUUAUCCACAGGUUUAUGCUAGAGUUUAUAGAUACAUUAAACUGAACUAGACUACAGCAAAUAGGAAAAGAAGGGCCAUGAACAAGGGAGAAAGAAAGGGCAAGGAAGGAAAAUAAAAUACCUGAUGUGAAUAUCUCAGAAGAUGGCUUCAGCUUCAGAUGUUCCCUCUGUCUACAUUUAGGAAAUGGCAUGGGGGACUGGGGGCAGUUGGUUUUUUAAGCACUUUUCAAUGUCUGAAAACAUUUGUAUGUGGUCUACAAGAUGAAGAGUCAUUUCAAUUGUAAAGUUUCCAAUUAAAGGUUUUUUUUUCUUUUCUAAUGUCAUGUUUAAUAUGAUCCAUCUAACAAAAGGCAAAAAAUAUCUGGGUUAACUGGGGCCUGACU